AUGCUGUCUCUUUUCUCACCCCUUUCCCACAUACACUUUUCCUACGAUGUUCUCCUCCAACCCGUUUUCCUUCAUGGUUUAUCCGGCUUCCUCCACCUUUUGCUGCUCAUCACGGUUUCACUGUCAUGGGUUAGGAUCAAAUUCAGAAUGCGUGUCAGGGUUGAGUCUGAGGAGAAACACGACAACUCCCUCUUCAAAACGACCGUAUUUUGUUCUCUGGGUGUUUCUGCUUUCAGUUUUCUCCUCUGUUUGUUCAAUUACUCUUGUUGGUACUCUAGUGGCUGGUCAGAAGAAAAGCUCGUGACCCUUAUGGAUUUGGCGCUAAAAACAGUUGCAUGGGGCGUUGUUUGUGUUUGCUUGCAAAAGGAAUUCUUCAGUUCUGGCGAAAAAAGAGGCGUUGCUUUGCCAACUCAGUACUUGGUUUCUGAUGUGGUUUCCACUUGUUUUGGUUUGUUAUUCUGUUACGUGGGGUAUUUUGUGAAAAACAAAGGUCCCGUGCGAGAAAAAGAAAAUAACAGCACUCAGGAACCUCUUUUGGAUAGUGAGACAAAGAUUGAUGAUGCCUUGGAGUCAAAAGAGACCAAGGGUGGGGAUACUGUUACCCCUUUCUCAUAUGCUGGCAUUUUGAGCCAUCUUUCCUUCUCUUGGGUGGGUCCUCUUAUAGCUGUUGGCAAUAAGAAGACCUUGGACCUGGAGGAUGUUCCUCGACUAGGCAGCAGAGACAGUGUACUUGAAACUUUUCCUGGGUUCAGAGAUAAACUUGAGACUGAUUGUGGGGCAAUUAAAAAUGUCACCACACUAAAGUUGGUGAAGUCGUUAGUAGUGUCAGCAUGGAAGGAGAUUCUUUUCACAGCUUUUCUUGCGUUGUUAUACACUUUGGCUUCUUAUGUUGGUCCUUUUCUUCUUGAUGAUUUUGUUCAGUACCUUCAUGGACAACGACUUUAUGAAAACCAGGGCUUUGUUUUGAUUUCAGCGUUUUUCUGUGCAAAGAUGGUAGAGUGUCUGUCUCAAUUGCAUCGGUGCUUUAGGUUGCAGCAAGUUGGACUUGGAAUUCGAGCACUGCUUGUCACUAUGAUUUAUAGCAAGGCUCUGACUCUUUCUUGUCAGUCAAAGCAGGGCCACACUUCUGGAGAAAUAGUCAAUUUCAUGGCUGUUGAUGCAGAAAGAGUGGGUGUCUUUAGUUGGCAUAUACAUGAUUUGUGGAUGGUGGCUUUGCAAGCUACAUUGGCAUUAUUGAUUUUGUACAAAAACCUUGGGCUGGCUUCAAUUGCUGCUUUUGUUGCAACUAUUGUUGUUAUGAUGACAAAUGUUCCCUUGGGAUCAUUGCAACAGAAGUUUCAAAAGAAGUUGAUGGUGAAAACUGAGCAAGGGGUCCCCCUUGAAUCGGGGAAGAUCUUGUCUGCACUCGCAACAUUCGGGAUUCUUCAAGAGCCCAUUUAUAGCCUUCCGGGUACAAUUUCGACGAUAGCACGAACUAAAGUGUCUCUUGAUAGGAUUGCAUCAUUCCUUCGUCUGGAUGAGUUACCCGCUGAUGCUGUAGAGAAGCUUCCCCGGGGUAGUUCUGAUACAACAAUUGAAGUAGUUGAUGGAAACUUUUCUUGGGAAUUAUCUUCCCCUAACCCAACAUUGAAAAAUAUAAAUCUUAAAGUUUUUACAGGGAUGAGGGUUGCUGUUUGUGGUACUGUUGGAUCGGGCAAGUCUACUUUACUUUCUUGUUUCUUGGGAGAAGUACCAAAGAUAUCGGGUAUCGUUAGGGUUUGUGGAACAAAGGCCUAUGUCACUCAAUCUCCAUGGAUACAAAGUGGUAAGAUAGAGGAUAAUAUAUUGUUUGGGAAACAAAUGGAUAGGGAAAAGUAUGAGAAGGUACUUCAAGCGUGUUCCCUGAAUAAGGAUCUGGAGAUUUUGUCAUUUGGUGAUCAGACAAUUGUAGGAGAGCGCUCUCACCUCUUCAAGGAAUGCUUGUUGGGCCUUUUAAGUACAAAGACAGUAGUUUAUGUCACUCAUCAAGUAGAGUUCUUACCUGCUGCUGAUCUUAUAUUGGUUAUGAAAGAUGGGAAAAUUACUCAAUGUGGAAAUUAUUCUGAUCUACUUAACAGUGGAGCUGAUUUUGUGGAACUUGUUGGUGCACACAAAAAAGCUUUGUCUACACUAGAUUCAUUAGAUGGAGCAGCAUUAUCUAAUGAAAUAAGCACCUUGGAAGAAGAUGCAAAUGUCUCUAGCACGCAAGGUUUUAAAGAAGAGGAGGCAAGCAAAGAUGAACAAAAUGGUAUAACAGACAACAAAAGUGAACCUAAAGGCCAACUUGUUCAGGAAGAAGAAAGGGAGAAAGGUAAAAAAUGUAUCACAGCAGCAUAUGGAGGAGCUCUUGUACCAUUCAUAUUGUUGGCUCAGAUUCUUUUUCAAGCUCUUCAAAUCGGAAGUAAUUACUGGAUGGCUUGGGCGACUCCUAUCUCAACUGAUGUGGAAGCACCUGUUGAUGGAACAACUCUUAUUGUAGUCUAUGUUAGUUUGGCCAUUGGAAGUUCUUUAUGCAUCCUUGCCAGAGAAAUGCUUCUUGUCACAACUGGUUAUAAAACAGCUACUAUACUCUUCAAUAAAAUGCACUAUUGCAUUUUUCGUGCUCCAAUGGCUUUUUUCGAUUCCACUCCAAGCGGGCAAAUUCUUAACAGAGUUUCAACGGAUCAAAGUGCACUGGAUACAAACAUUCCUUAUCAAAUUGCAUCAUCUGCCUUCAUUAUGAUCCAACUUCUGGGAAUUAUUGCAGUGAUGUCUCAGGCUGCAUGGCAAAUUUUCGUUGUCUUUAUACCUGUGAUCACAGUCAGCAUUUGCUAUCAGCAAUAUUAUAUUCCAUCAGCUCGAGAACUAUCACGUUUAGUUGGUAUCUGCAAAGCCCCAAUCAUUCAACACUUUUCUGAAACAAUUUCGGGAGCUUCAACCAUUAGAAGCUUUGAACAGCAAUCAAGAUUUCAGGAAACAAAUAUGAAACUGACUGAUGGGUAUUCACGGCCAAAGUUCAACGUUGCUGCUGCCAUGGAAUGGUUGUGCUUCCGCUUAGAUAUGUUGUCUUCUAUCAUAUUUGCCUUUUUAUUAUUAUUCUUGAUAUCUAUUCCACCGGGAUUCAUAGAUCCAGGCCUUGCUGGCUUGGCGGUUACAUAUGGGCUAAAUUUGAACACGAUACAAGCUUGGAUGAUAUGGAAUCUCUGCAAAAUGGAGAACAAAAUUAUAUCAGUAGAAAGAAUACUUCAGUAUACUAGUAUUCCUAGUGAGCCUCCCCUUGUUAUAGAUGAAAACCAGCCAGAUUCUUCUUGGCCCUCUAAUGGCGAGGUUGAUAUACAAGAUUUGCAGGUUCGUUAUGCUCCACAUCUUCCAGUCGUGUUGCGUGGUCCUACAUGCAAAUUUAGCGGAGGACUGAAAACUAGCAUUGUUGGGAGGACAGGAAGUGGUAAAUCCACUCUCAUACAAACACUUUUUCGAAUUGUUGAGCCUGCUGUCGGGAAAGUUAUGAUUGACAACAUCAACAUCUCUUUAAUUGGACUUCAUGAUUUGAGGUCAAGACUGAGCAUUAUUCCUCAGGAUCCAACAAUGUUUGAAGGGACAGUGAGAGAUAAUCUGGAUCCCCUGGAAGAACACUCUGAUGAACAAAUUUGGGAGGCCUUGGAUAAGUGUCAACUUGGAGACGAAGUUAGAAAGAAAGAAGGAAAGCUUGACUGCAAAGUUAGUGAGAAUGGUGAGAAUUGGAGUAUGGGUCAGAGACAGUUGGUCUGCCUUGGCAGGGUGUUGCUUAAGAAAAGCAAGGUUGUGGUUCUUGAUGAAGCCACUGCAUCAGUGGAUACAGCUACGGAUAAUUUGAUUCAGCAAACUCUUAAGCAACAUUUCUCUCUCUCCACAAUUAUUACCAUUGCACACCGAAUAACUUCUGUGCUUGACAGUGAUAUGGUUCUUCUUCUUAGUCAAGGACUUGUUGAAGAGUACGACACCCCAACAAAGUUGCUAGAGAAUAAGUCAUCAUCAUUUGCUGAACUUGUUACUGAGUAUACAAGGAGGUCCAACUCCAGCUUUUAG